AUGGCAACCACCACUACCAUCGCCGCGACGACGACAAGCUCGCCGGCCGUGAAUCCGGGAAAUGUUGACUUGGCCUCGUCCAGAGUGCCCAACAGAGGCAAGAUGACAGCUUCCUGGCAAACUCGUCCGUCCUCGCAAUGGACGUACGUUGAAAAAUUACUCAUCUGGCUCGGAAUAACAACGCCAGACAAUCAAUCUCAACCACGCCCCAGACCUCCUGCCUAUCCUUGUGACACUCCCGUGCCCGUCUAUCCCGUAUGGAAGAUGCAUGCGAUGGUUGGUCCCAAAGCGCUGGCACCCGUGUUGGUGCAUCACUUUUUCACACAACUCACUGGUGUCAAGGUUCCGGUCUGGUUGGCCGUGAUUUCGUACUUGGUCUAUUACACUCAGUUUGCUAUCGGAGUGUUUGCAUGGAACACUGCAAUGGUGGAUAAAUUCGGCACUUUUGACGGUGCGGUACCUAGGGAUGGUAUUCCGGACGAUGCCACCACUUCGACUGGGGUUGGGCUGCUCAUGGUGCCCAUCAGUAGGAUGACGAUUGCUGUUUCAGUCCUCUACAAUCCAGACGAGCCCGUCUUGGACCUCAAGACGCUUCUCAUGCUGCCUGUCAACAUGGCCAUAUACACGAUCGCCGUCGACUUUUGGUUCUACUGGUAUCAUCGUCUGAUGCACGAAGUCCCAUGGCUGUGGCGCCUGCACGCUAAACAUCAUCGCACCAAACACCCUACCGCCGCUCUGUCAGCAUUCGCAGACCACGAACAGGAGGUCUUCGAUAUGGUCGUCAUCCCUGUGCUUGCCUGGCUCACAUGGAGGAUCAACUUUGCCACCUGGUUUGUUUCGACAUGUUAUAUCCUCUUUGUCGAAGCCAGCGGUCACAGCGGGAUGCGAGGCUACUUCCAAAUCCCUACCGUCUGGUUCUUGAGAUACGUCGGCGCCGAUCUGUGUAUCGAAGACCACGACCUUCAUCACAGACAGGGCUGGAAGACGAGCGGAAAUUACGGCAAACAGACGAGACUUUGGGAUAUGCUCUUUGGCACCAAGAAGCCGAGGAUCGAAGGGACCGAGGACAACAUCAACUGGGACGAUCCGAUGGAGGAACCUCAGCCUGUGCCUGUCAAACAGGCAUAA